GCGAAGACCGCCCGCGCCCUCGACAUGCCAGAGGGUGCAGCAGCGGCGUCGGCAGCCGACGGCUUCGAGACGGAGCCAGCCUGGACGGGCAAGCGUGCGCUCCGGGCCUUGACGGGAGGAGUGGACCAGGGCUCAGGGCACGCGAACAAGGAGAGCAGGACCAGAGGCAAGGGCUGCGACGAGGGCUGCGAGCGCCUCGAGGAGGCAGUGACCUACGAGUGCUCGGAGCUCGGCGCCGACAAGCCCAUGGCGACCCUGGCGACCCAGGCGGGCAAGGGCUACAGCGAGGAUGCGCAACAGCUCAAGGAUCGGCACGCCACCGACUCCGCCGUCGACCUCGCAGCGCUGGGCCCCCCGCACCUCGUCGUCGUCGCGUCGGUGACCAAGGGCAUCAAGGGCGAGGUCCCGCCAGAGGACAAGCCCAUCCUGAGCCAGUUGUGGCAGAAGGUGGUCUGCCUUGAGGACCCCGAGCUGCUGGGCACGUGCGUGAAGCACUACCAGGCCAAGACGAACGAGCAGCCCAAGCAGAACGAGGAGAAAGUGCGGCGGAUCUUUUCCUCCGACUUGCACGUGCCCGACGUGAAGGCCGUGCGCGAGGUGCUGGCGAAGGAGAUCAGGAAG